GUUGUGUGUAUUUUGACAGAACAAGACCAAGCCAUGGAUAAUACCAGUUUGGGAUGGCCCGAGGAUCUGGAUGGUGAUGCCAACCUUUCUUCUCUCCAUGGCAACCUGAAGAACUUCUGCGCUACGUCGUCGAGGCACCAGGCAUCCCGGGUAAUCCUGUAUGCCUUCUUUACGGCAGGCAUCUUGUGCACGGUGGUGGGCAACUUCCUGGUGGUCUUGGCCAUCGCUUACUACAAGCAGCUGCAGUCGCCCACCAACUCGUUCGUCAUGUCCUUGGCGGUGGCCGACUGCCUGGUGGGGUUGGUGGUCAUGCCCUACAGCAUGGUGCGUACCGUGGAGGGCUGCUGGCUCUUCGGCGCCCUCUUCUGCCGGGUCCACUCCAGCCUGGACGUCAUGCUGUGCACCGCAUCCAUCUUCCACCUCAGCUGCAUUGCCUUCGACCGCUACUAUGCCGUGUGUAACCCCUUGGUCUACCACCUGAAAAUGUCCCAGGGCCGGGUAGCCUUCCUGAUCGUGGUCUGUUGGGCCGUCCCGUUAUUCAUCUCCUUCGGUCCCAUCAUGCUGGGCCUCCACAAGGCCGGGGUGAAUAUGGUGCCCAUGCCGCCCGAGGACGCCUGCGUCUUCCUGGUCAACCGCGUCUACGCUGUCAUGGCCUCCCUGGUGGCCUUCUACCUGCCCAUGGGUGUCAUGCUGGCGGCCUACUGGAAGAUCUACAAGGCGGCCAAGCGGCAGGCCAUGCAGAUCAGCGCCAUGGAGAGCCAGUUUUCGGCCGGGGUGGGCAAGGACUCCAGCAAGAAGCAGAGGCACCGCAACGCCAUGAGGAGGGAGAGGAAGGCAGCUAAGACCCUGGGGAUCAUCAUGGGGGUCUUUCUACUCUUCUGGCUUCCCUUCUUCACCGUCAAUAUCGUGGAUCCCUUCAUCGACUACAGCACAGCGGUGGAGGUGUGGGAGUUUUUCCUGUGGCUGGGGUACGUUAACUCGUCGCUUAACCCGUUCUUGUAUGGGUUCUUCAAUAGAUCCUUCCGUAGGGCGUUCAUGAUGAUUAUGGGAUGUCGGAUAUGUCUGUCGAGCUCCUCACCGGGUAUGGACUUAUCAAAAGAGAGCAACGAACGCAAGGUCAACCAAUAGGAGACUAGAAUUGUAACACUCCACACCUGGACGUGGCAUCGACCUAUCACACGCCAAGAAAGAGG